GCUGCUAAGAACAAUCACAAUCGGCUGUGGUGGUUGGCAAAAAAAGCAAAUCACGAUAUAAGUUCUCUGAAGACGAACAACGCGAUUAGUCUCUUACCAAGCACGACGCUUCCGUUCAUCACUCCUCGCUGAACCUGCUCACUUCCAAGAUGAGUGCCGGAGAUUGGUGUCUCAUAGAAUCGGACCCUGGAGUCUUCUCAGAGCUCAUCCGAGGUUUCGGAGUAUCUGGCGUGCAAGUUGAGGAAAUAUUCUCACUGGAAGAUGAGUCCUUCGUCGACAUGCGGCCGGUGUUCGGUCUAAUCUUCCUAUUCAAAUACACCGACAAGAGCCUCGCGACUUCGGGGAAAGUCGUAACGAAUCCAGACAUAUUCUUCGCCAAGCAAGUUAUCAAUAACGCCUGUGCGACUCAAGCAAUCCUGGCGGUCUUGAUGAAUCUCCAGAAUCCCGAUGUAAAUCUCGGCGAGAAUCUGGCUCAAUUGAAAGAGUUCACGAAAGAAUUCGAUUCUCAGAUGAAGGGAUUGACGUUUUCGAACUCUGACGUAAUAAGAGAGGUUCACAACUCAUUUUCACGGCCUCAAAUCGUCGAGUUCGAUCAAAAAGCAUCGAAGCAAGACGAUGACGUAUACCAUUUCAUAAGCUACGUCCCAAUAAACGGCAAGUUGUACGAGCUGGACGGCCUACGGGAAGGCCCGAUUGAGCACUGUGAGAUACCCGCAAACAAAGACUGGUUGGAGUCAGCUCGGCAAGUCAUCGAGCAGAGGAUAGCCCAGUAUUCGAAGAGCGAGAUCCACUUCAAUCUAAUGGCCGUCGUGAAGGAUCGGCGACUCGUGUGCCAGAGACAAAUCGAGGAAUUCCAGAAGAUGGGCGACGGCAAACCGACGGAGACCGUCCGCCGAGGCAUCGCGAGACUUCAAAAGGUCAUAAAAGACGAAAAUGCGAAAAUAGCCAUGUAUCAAAAGGAGAACAUCCGCAGACGACACAAUUAUAUCCCGUUGAUCAUGGAGUUGUUGAAAAUUACUGCAGAGAGCGGAAAGCUGGGCGUGUUCUGGGAGAACGCGAAGUCACGACAGGCAGAGCAGGCGAAAAAAGCCGAGAAACGGAAGGCUUCCGCCAUGAAAUAGUUACGAGGAAUAAACAGGAUGAGAUCGAGCCCUGUCGCGUCAAUGGAAAUCGCAUCUUCAUUCCGCAACAUUGUCCAAGAGCGAAGAUCAACUCCGCACCUUCAAGGGGAAGGCCGGCCUUCCCUUCGGACUCAGUCCUGCGAUUCUGAUUUCUGAAACGAAGAAUCGCUCUGGGAUGUGAAAUCGAAGAUGUAAAUCAUGUGAAUUUCAGUUGUAAAAACCAAUCUCACCGUUGAAAUCAAUGCCGCUCGCGGGCGCAUCGAUUUCGUGAUAAGUUCGUCCUUCUAAUACUUCGAAUCUAUGCUCCCGACUCGGGGAAUAUGGGCAAUAUAUGCUGUGUACUGAGCCUUAUCCCUUCGCGAAACUUCACAGCGGAAUCUCGUUGGAUGGCGAUGCUGGACUUCUCUUCCGAAAAUAAAGCAUCACGCGAGUAGUAUCAUAAGGAUGACAGACUGAAA